CUUCUCACUAUCACAUCUGACCGUUUACUCGCUACUCAACUUAAUAAGGUCCACACCAUUAUCUCUCAUCAGCGUGACAUAGCAAGUUCACAUCCAAUUUACAGCAGUCAAAUAUAUUGCAAGGAUGUUCUGCCGAGUAAACUCCAAAGAAUCAGUCAGUGAUCGACGAAGCGGUCCCCCCAGGCCGACCUCGCAAGCGCCAUUCUUCCCCGCACAAGCAGCGGAAACAAAAAACACACACAUACCUACCUCCUAAGCUACCUUCUUCAAGCUGGGUGCGAUCAGCAAUCUUCUCCAACGACAGGAUCUGAUCUACUAGAGAGGUAGUAGUUAGAAGAAGAAAAUCCCCCUCGGAGGUUUUAGACCAGAGCUGAGCCGAGUCUUGGUGUCUAAUUGGAUAUCAUCGAUCGCGGCUAGCAGCAAGCAAGCAAGCAGCAAAGAGUCUAGAUCAGACUAACUACCUAGACUAAACAAACCAUGACUUCGGAUAGGGUGCAGGAUUCGUCUUCACAUGCCUUUCCUACCAAGCAGCUCACUAUCCUUGCAAUAUGUCGCUUCUCGGAGCCAAUCGCGUUCAACUCCAUCCUCGCGUACACGUACGUGAUGGUGCAGGACCUCCACGGCGGCGACGACACCGACGCGUCCUUCUACGCCGGCCUCCUGGUCUCGGCGUAUGCCGUCGCCGAGGCCCUGACGGCCAUUGGCUGGGGCGCGCUCUCGGACAAAUACGGGAGAAAGCCGGUCGUGCUCUUCGGGCUCGGCGGCGUGGCCAUUUCGAGUCUCAUUUUCGGCCUAGCGACCGAGUACUGGGUGGCGCUAUUGGCUAGAUUUAUCGGCGGGGCUUUAAAUGGUAAUGUUGCCGUGAUGCAAACGAUGGUUGCGGAAAUGGUUAAGAUGCCGGAGCACGAGCCAAAAGCUUACGCUACUCAGCCCUUCGUCUGGACCCUAGGCGGUAUUAUAGGUUCCGCCAUGGGAGGUUUUCUAGCCCAACCGGCGAUAUUCUAUCCUUCGCUAUUUCCCGCCGAUGGCAUCUUCGGAAGGUAUCCUUAUCUAUUGCCAAACCUCGUGUCGGUCAUCGUCAUCGUGUUGGCUAUUAUACAGGGAAUACUUUUCCUCGAGGAAACUAACCCGCGACACGGAAAGGCUACUCCUGGGUCCGUCUUCGAAGAGGACGACGAUAUCGUCGAUGAGCGUACUCCGCUCCACCACCGUCCCAAGGAUCGAAGAUCAUCUGCUCGGAGUCACUCGUGCGCCGCAAGCGAUAGACCGGUAUUUAUCGAGGAAAGUCUUCCAGUGCCAGUCGAGCAGAACUUCGACCUGAGGAGAUCGUCUUUUGGGACCGUGCGUUCGAUCAAACUCCUUCCUAGCACCCCGAAGCAGAGCGAGGUGUUUAAUGGCCGGCCCUUCAAUUUUACCAUCAUAAUGGUAACCGUUGCGCUCGUCCUGGUUUCAUACCAUCAGAUGGCAUUCAACACCCUUCUGCCUACGCACCUCUUAGAUAGGCCAGCGGCAGCUCCAGGUCAACUUGAUUUGAUUGGUGGCUUGGGGUACACUGUCCACGACGUAGGAAUCUACCUGUCGGUUAAUGGGAUCCUCGGUCUGUUCAUUCAGGGGUUCAUAUUCCCGAUUUUCGUAGACAAGAUCGGAGUAUGGAAGUCGUUUCUCAUCAACAUCGUUUUCUAUCCUUUAGCAUACGUGGUCAUGCCUUUCUUAUCUGCUUUACCUCCCUCGCUUGUAUCCCCUGGAAUUUAUUUCUCCAUGAUCCUACAGAGCCUCUUCGGUAUCAUUGUUAUUCCCUGCGCUCUCAUUUUGUUGAAAGAUGCCACGCCGUCUCCACUCGUGCUUGGGAAGGUCAACGGAUUAGCUAUGUCUGCUUGUUGUUUAGCUCGAACUAUAUCCCCGCCACUAGUAGGUAUCAUCUACAGUGCUGGUGGUUCCGCGGCUGCUUGGUUUAGCUGCUCUGGUGUUGCAGUAAUUGGGAUUGUACAGCUCCUCUGGGUACCAAGGAAGCACGUACGUAAUAUUGUGGUUAAGAACAGUACGAUGGUGAGUAAAAGCCGACCGGAUUUGCGAAAUGAGGAAGCUGGAAUAUGUCCUGCCAUAUCGGAGUAAUGCAUUUUGAACAUUAUCAUUUCCGCGAAGGAGUCGGAUGCGCAUACGAUCUCCUUCUUUUUUACUUGCAUAGCAACUAGAUUAUUAGGGUAUUAGGUAUAGAUUGGCAUAUUUUCUAAUAUCUGUCAUAAUAAGGUCAAGUUAGGAUUGAAAGGGGGUUAGGACUGCUACACACGAGGUAAUGAUAUUAUGAUCUCAUGCGUCGAUAGAUUGGAUAUUCGACGACCGCAUUUAUCGAAUUUGGAGCAACAAGGUAUAUGAUCUAGCGAUAAUUGCAGAUAUCAAUUCAAGCAUUUUCUCUUCUAUGAUGCUAAGGGCUGUUCUCAGUUGAUCAGAACGAGGCAUUGUUAUUUUAUAGCGACAUGAAAAAAGAUUUUUUUUAUUCAAUUGCAAUACAGUAAUUCGAGUCAUGAUUCGACAUUAACUUGGCCAUUAAAUGAAAGGGGGAGAAAAAAGACCAAGGUGAAGAUUAAAGAAAAAAAAACCGCGAGAAAGGAAUUGCUGUACGUCAAUGCCAUCAAGGUAUGUUAAGACUAUAAAAAAUGAAUAAAAAUAUAAGGUACAAGAGGAAUCUAACCUCUGAAGAUGGACUCGCGGGGAAUCGAACCCCGGACCACUCCCA